GGAGUAUGUCCAGGAAGCUGCUCUCCCCAAUGCUACCCUUCCUGUAACCCUGUCUGUUGUUACAACUCUCAACAAUCAUCAUUGUAUCAACAACAAGAGCUACAACGGCAACAACAAGAGCAGUUUUAUUAUCACCCUCCAACUGAGACAGGGCCAGCAGCUGUGGCCCAGUACAUUAAAUUGCCAAGCGCACCAGCUCCUGCUCCAGCGUUUGCUCUUGCUCCAUCUCCCACCCCCUCUCCUCCUAAACCUCCCCCUCCCCCUCCCUGUGCGUCGUACUGCCCAAAGGAAUGUUACCCAGAUUGCGCGACGUCGUGCUGUGUGCCAAAGCCGCCACCGAUGCCACUGUAUUUGAAGAGAAAACAGUCAAUAGCUGUGGCUUGUGAAGGACACAAACUGAAGAUAAAAUGCCCAAAUAAGUACGACAAUUGAUUGAUUACAGGGAGAUUUAGAAUCACGUUAACGGCAAGCGGAAAACGUGAGAUUCAAGUUGACAAUUUCUCAAAUAGGAAAAAUUGAGUAGGUAAAAACUGUCCAUAAUACAUAGUGACAUGGAUGAACCUAACAUGAAGCUAAUAUUUUUGUGGAUACAAGGAACAGUAGAUGGCAAGUGAAGAGGACACAAUUUGACGUUUGCCAUUUGCCGUAAACGUAAUAACCCACGAUCGAUACAUUAAAAUUCUAACGUGCCUCCGAGUCUUUACGGACAACUUACCAAAUUUUUCACGACUCCAUUGUCUCGCAAUUCCCAGAAGAGACUUGAGCACAAAGAAAUCAAACCAAAUAUAGAAAAAUGUCCAGAAAACCUGGGAGUCAUGUUAGAAUUUUAAUAUAACGAAAGUGGGCUUUUCUAAAUAUUAAAUUAAAAUAGAUGAGGUUUUAAUUCCAUCAAGCUUUCAGUUCCGCCACUCACCACUGAAUCUUUAUAAAGUGAUGGACUUCGACCUUUUUUCACACGAUUUAUACUGUGAAUCACGUGACAAAACGUCCCGGAAGUUCGCAGAAAGCUCAUAACCGGUGUCCCUGUUCAAUACUGGUGCCCCAUAAUAGAUUUCGAUGGCCUCUUUCCCUCCUUGAAUUUAAAACCUCGGCUAUAUUAAAUAAAUUUAAGAUAGGAUUAAGUAAUUCUUUGUUUGCAUAUAUGUGAUUCUAAAUCUCUCUCAUGCGUUAAAAAAAUGGUGUUGCCAUAGGUUGUAUUCUCUAUACAUGUAGUAUGCCACAACAAUACAAUACAUCUAAACAACAACAAUACAAAGACAGGAAAGGAAAGCGAUACACGGGGUAUUCAAAAGCAAAAAUAAGCGAUGUUUAAUUCCAGUUUCCAGUAGUACAUUCAAACUCUCUUUGCCGUUCUUAGACAAACAAUAAGAAUUCUGAACUAACUUUUAACGAGUUAACUUCAAUAUUUAAUCAUUAUUUUCUAGGUACGAUCGCAUCGCAUUAUACAGUACAUUUUAUGGCAGGGAUGAAAACAACACGUGUAAACACAACGUCCUUCCCUACAAAGGACAUUGCGUGGCCGAGGAACAGAGAGUCAAUAAGAAGUUAUAUGACCUGUGUCAAGGGGAAAAUAAGUGUUUCGUGUCAGCUACUAAUGCCUUCCUUGGUACAAAGAAUUCGAGUAUUUGUCCUGAUGUGUAUAAAUACGCCAGAGUGGUAUACCGCUGUAUACAACAUCCAAAGAUUGUUCCGGUGGGUAUGCAUGUGCAAAUGUCCUUAAAAGAACUCUGCUCUUAAUUACUCUUGACUAAAUGUGUGUAUUAGUGUUCAGGAAAAAAAGCGAAACUGUAUGAAUUUUUAAGCAAUGAGUAUAUGAAAAUCAUAUCUUUGAAUUGCGGAGAAAUAAUCAAACGUGAAGAAAAUCUUAGCAGUUGUAGGUUUGCAGAGGUAACGCUGAGGUUUAAGGGGUCGAAUCCCGUACGAACCUGAAUUUUUGUCUCACAGCUGCAAAAGUUGCGAAGUGUUCAUGAUCAAAUUAAAUAAAUCUCAGCGGUUCUUUCUAAAAAAAAAAUACUUGCAUGAAAUCUAUAGGCUAUCAGUCAAAGUUUCGGAGAAGCCGCAGAGAAAGAUCGACCGCCUAGUGUAUGGCAAAAAAAAAGUGGUCGUACGAUAACUUAUUUGCAGUGUCGAUACUUUCUAUUAUUUGUAAUGCCAACGCAAUAUACUGUUUGGACCAAAAAGCGAAGGUCAGUGGAAGCAGGGGAAAGAAAAACAAAGUGCAUGGUAUGACUGGAGGACUGUAAGAGCAGCAGCCAAAGAAAGAGAAGCCUCGGGAAAGAGAAAAUGUCACGGAAUUAUCUUCCAUAUUUUUAAAAGAGACAGAUGAUAAUGAUGAUAAGAAUGACUGUUUUUAUAUCCAAUGUAGUCGUAAGUUGUGGUAAUAAUGUCUUCCUUUUGUUUUCAGGUAUGCCCUUUACCUUGCCACAAACCAUACAAGUGUUUCCCCAGAUGUGACAUCAGCUGCUGCACUCCUCCCCCUCCCCCUCCGCCACCACCCCCUCCUCCCCCGCCAUCAUGCCCUGGAACAUGCCCAGCACAAUGCUUUCCAGCAUGCUCUCAGGCUUGUUGCAGUCCUCCACCACCCCCUCCCCCAGCGCCAGUCUAUUACCCACCCCCAGCCCUACCCCCAACUCCAACAUGUCCUGGAUCCUGUCCAAGUACUUGUGCUCCAACGUGCUCUGUGAGGUGUUGUAUCAGUAGGAACAUUGCUCAGAAUGAUGUCAGACCUCUUACGUACACCGCUCCUCGCGUGGCACCAGUAGGUGAAAGAUACCAGAAUUACUACCCAGCUGCACAGUCAAAUAAUUACUACUACAAUCAGUACAGGCAAUAUGCCCGAGCAAGGCCACAGUAUUUGAAUCCUUAUGCAAGGUACCAAGCAUACAGAAAAUCAUAUGCAAACUGGCCGAAUUAUCCGAACGUCAAUCGCUAUCUAGGAUAA